AAGCAGCGGGCGCUGAAGGGGGACAACCGAGCGGCGCGGAGCCGACCUGCUCAGAGACCUGCACCCACGGAUUGUCUUGCGGGGGCGGAGUGGGCGGGGGGGUACAAGUGGCAUUUCUCCCCCCCCCCUCCUUCCAGACUAUAAAUUGGAUUGUAUAUAAAUCUGCUUCGUUUAUCUCCCUGGCCCCCCUCAAUGACGCUGGACUAGAGAGCUCCUCUCCGCGGCCCGCCCGGACCUGCCGAAGCGAGCGAUGGACCACGAGCGACUGCGCCCGGGGAUGCCCCUCUGAAGCGACGCGGGGCACCGGGGCAGAGCGGCGCCGCCUCUCCCCUGCUCCCCGGAUCCCCUCGCACCUCCGGCUCGCUCCCCGCUCCCCCUCCCUCCUCCCCGGGCUCCGCAGCCACCCCCUCACCUGCUGCCGUCCCCCUCCCCCGUGGAGCCGGGCUCUCUCCGUGCACGCCAAGCCUGUUCCCCCCCCCACCCCCCCCCGCCGCCAACUUCGCCCUCGGUGCCUGCGCGUGCAGCCUCCCCCCUCCGCCUCCCCGGCGGCACACGCCGCUUCCCCGGGCGCCCCCUCCCUCCGCCGCGGCUCCCCCCCUGCGCGGAGCGGUUGCGGCCCCCCAGCUUGGCUGCCACCGCCCCCUCCGCGCCGCGGAGCGCUCGGAGCGGCGCUGCCUGCAGACGGGCUCCCUGCGGCGCUCCGGGGCGGCCCCCAGCUCGGCCCCCCGCUCCUCCGCCAUGGACGGGGCGGCUCGCCGGGGGGUGCUGGCCGCGCUGCUGGCCUGCGGGCUGCUCCUGCUGGGCGCCGCGGCCACCCCGACCCCGCCGGCCCCCGCCGGCGGCUCCCCGCAGGACACAUGCACCUCUUGCGGCUUCCGGCGGCCCGAGGAGCCGGGCAAGGUGGACGGGGAUUUCCUGGAGGCGGUGAAGAGGCACAUCCUGAGCCGGCUGCAGAUGCGGGACCGGCCCAACAUCACGCACGCCGUGCCCAAGGCGGCCAUGGUCACGGCGCUGCGCAAGCUGCACGCCGGCAAGGUGCGGGAGGACGGCCGCGUGGAGAUCCCCAGCCUGGACGGGCAGGCGAGCGCCGGGCCCCCGGCCCACGACCCGGUCUCCGAGAUCAUCAGCUUCGCCGAGACAGACGAUCUGGCCUCAUCUAGAGUCCGCCUCUAUUUCUUCAUCUCGAAUGAAGGGAACCAGAACUUGUUUGUCGUUCAAGCCAGCCUGUGGCUUUACUUGAAGCUGCUUCCAUAUGUCUUAGAGAAAGGCAGCAGGCGAAAAGUAAGAGUCAAAGUCUAUUUCCAAGACCCGGACACUAGCAACAAGUGGAAUGUGGUUGAAAAGAAAGUUGAUCUCAAAAGAAGUGGUUGGCACACUUUUCCCAUGACAGAGGCGAUCCAGGCUCUGUUUGAGAGAGGAGAAAGGAGACUGAACUUGGAUGUUCAAUGUGAGGGCUGUGAAGAGUAUUCAGUGCUGCCAAUUUAUGUGGACCCCGGGGAGGAAUCCCACCGGCCUUUUUUAGUGGUGCAAGCCCGCCUCGCUGAUAACAAACACAGGAUCCGGAAAAGAGGCCUGGAGUGCGAUGGCAGGACCAAUCUAUGUUGCAGGCAACAGUUUUACAUUGACUUUAGACUCAUUGGGUGGAAUGACUGGAUCAUAGCACCAUCAGGUUACUAUGGGAAUUACUGUGAAGGGAGCUGCCCGGCCUACUUGGCCGGUGUCCCGGGGUCGGCUUCCUCCUUUCACACCGCUGUCGUGAAUCAGUACCGAAUGCGGGGGCUGAACCCGGGCACCGUGAACUCCUGUUGCAUUCCAACCAAACUUAGCACAAUGUCAAUGCUGUACUUUGAUGAUGAAUACAACAUUGUGAAAAGGGACGUUCCCAAUAUGAUUGUGGAAGAAUGUGGUUGUGCUUGAUUUAAGGUGUGUUUUGGGGGGGGAGAGAGAGAGAGAGAGAGGGAGAGAGAGAGAAACAUUCCCGUACAAGAUGGUGUUGGAGGAAGUUUCACUGUGUAUCCAGGCAUCAGUGUUGGAAAGUCACUGUGGAAAAGUUUGACAAAAAAAAAAAAGAAAAAAAAAAGAAAAAAAAUAAUCAUUUCACUUUGGUGUCAGGACAGUGGCAGUUUGUGGAUCAUGGACACUUAUAUAUUCUAUCACUUAUAAGUUAACGCUAUGAAAUAUCUUAAAGAUACACACACACACACACACACAAACACACACACGAAAUGUGGGCACGCACACAGACACGCGCUCAUACACACAGACACAGACACACACACACACGAAGCAGCUCGGAAAGGGGACAUGAGCACAGAAAGUCAGUGACCAGUGACGACGGACCUAAAUGCCUGCCAGUACGAGUGAACGGCUGAGCAGCUGUUUUCCCCGCCUGCGGGCGAAGCCAGACCGAAAUGAGCUCCCUUUGCUCAGGCAAAAGCACAGACUGUGAGAACACAACGUAUUCUUGCACGCAGGUGUCAAAAUGACCAAACUUAGAAAAUUAAAAAAAAAACAAAAAAGAAAAAAAAAAAGUUGACUGUCACCUCUUAGGUCUAGCAGGAAGCUGCAGGACACCUGCCUUGGGAGGCGAUCACUUCCUCUUAAUUUAAAUUUAUCUAAACAUAAACAUCACAGAUACCCGCUUCUUCCUACAGCACUUCCAGCAAGGAAUCGUGUGGUUCCAUCAGGGGGAGAGAGAGAGAGGAACAAAAAAGGGACAGACAUGUAAGAAACUGCUGUAUUUCUAACACCUGGCCGUUGCAGAGUCACAAGCUGGGCUGGCGUGAUCCGAUGCUUUCACUGCCCACUAGCAACCCAUGGUUGGCUACACCUGCUGUGUCUUGGAAAAGGGAAUCGAUACCAUAUCUGGACUGUGUUGACUGUUGGCAUCUCUCACUGUUCGAAGAACAAAAAGUCAAAAGUUGCAAUCUGUGUUCUUCAAUGGGGGACUCAGCAAGGCUACGUCACGUGGGGGAUAAGCAAACAAGCCAUGGCCACCACGGCUAAACCAAUGAACCCUAAAGAGGAGUGACAGCGACAGAGUGGAGACGUUCUGGGAAAUGCAGUGCGUUUAAUAACAGGCGAGGAACAUUUUUACAGUCUUGGAAAGGAGGAGAGAGGAGAGUGCUUUCAAUUUCCUUACCAGGAGGUGUCAAGGAUGGCCAUAAAGAUCAGAAAAUAAUGAUACAGCAUAGCACUUGCAAACUGCUUGAAUGCACGUAUAAUAGCACUUGCAAAUUUCAAUGCCUUGAAAAGUGGUACUUGAUAGUGCACUUAUCUUUGCUCACUAUCUAGGUAAACAGGUGCCGCAUGAGCUAUGCAAUUUAAAGUGUUGACCCAUACUAGACAAAACUGGACUUAUGAUAUGACUUUUUUAUAUUUUUUUAUACUUGAAAUUAAAUCUUUUGCUUCUUUUUUAAAGCGAAUGAUUGCUUUUAAUGUUUGCACUGAUUUAGUUGCAUGAUUAGUCAAAAACUGCCAUUUGAAAAAAAAUGUUAUUUUUAUAGCAGCAAAAAAUGAAUACAGUUAAAUGUAUUAUACAUAAAUUUUGGAACCAAAGAGGCCAACAUAUUAGUUAUAAUUUUUAUGAGAUGGCAAAGCCAUCAUAUAUCAUGUAGUCAUACUGAGCAAUCCCUCACGAGGCCUACCAAUUGUUUCAGGGUACAAAAUGGAUUCUGUUUGUUCUAUUCAGUGUCUUUUCUAUACCAUACGCACAUGGAAUGUAGAGUGAAAAAAAAGUGACUAUUGUAGAAUACAUUACAAUAUGUGCAUCCUUUAAAUCCAAUUUUUAUGUUUAUUUAAUAAAGUUCCUUUUAGGUUCUGUUCCAUAAUAAUUUAAACCAAACAAUUUUCACUUAGAUUUGCUGUUGAAGUAUUUUACAUUUGUGUACAGUUUAAAUAAAUAAAAAAGAUUGGAA